AUGAUGCGUCCACCGAUCAUUUUGUUAAAGGAGGGUACCGAAAACAAGCAAGGAAAGCAACAAAUCAUUUCCAACAUCAAUGCUUGCCAGGUUUUUGGAUGUUUUAAACGACUUCAGUUUUUUUUUUUGAAUUUUAUAUUGUUACCUUCAGGUUGUUGCCGACAGUAUCCGUACAACUUUGGGUCCCCGCGGUCUUGACAAACUGAUCGUUGAUAGCAAAGGUUUCUUUGAUCCUUUUGAUAGUGAUUCCUCUCUUUGAUUUAAUAGGACAAACGACGAUCUCAAAUGAUGGCGCUACGAUUUUGAAGCUUUUGGACAUUGUUUUCCCCGCUGCUUCAGUAAUGGUUGACAUCGCGAAGUCGCAAGACGCCGAAGUCGGAGAUGGAACUACUUCAGGUAUGUUUGUACCGUUUGGAAAGUGAUUGAAGCGAAUUUUUAGUUGUUGUCCUUGCAUCGGAGAUGCUGAAGCGCGUGAAGCCUUUCAUUGAGGAUGGAGUCCAUCCGCAACUUUUGAUUCGUUCUUUCUCCAAGGCUUGCGAAGAGGUAAAGAUUUUGAACAUAUCUUGGCAUCAAAGAGUACUUUUCCUCAACUUAAAGUUUUUGAUUCUAGGCUCUCAGCUACUUGAAAGAGCUGGAAAUUAAAAUCAGUGGCGAAAAAGAACUCCGCGAAAUGCUCGUCAAAUGUGCUGCAACUACGCUCAGCAGCAAAUUGGUAUGUUUAUGUAUAUCAACAAAAAGUCUCAAAAAAGCUGAAAAAAGCAUAUUUUAUGGACUUUUCUCAAGACAUAUCUUUCUCCGUGGGGCCGUGAUUAUUUAUUUCUAUGAGAAAUGGUGAAAACUUUUUGUUUAUAUGGGGAGUCCAACAAAAAAUUUCCGAAAAGCUCAUAAAAAGUUUGUCGAAGCGGUUAUUGUCAUAGUUUGAUCUUAAAUUCUUCAAAAAUACUCUGAUGUUCCUUCUAGACUUUCCCACGUUAGUUAGACAUAAUGUUUCCAAAUGAUAUCUAUUCAGGUGAGCCAAGAGCGCGAUUUCUUCGCCAACAUGGUCGUCGACGCGGUGAAUACGCUGGACGAGAGCCUUCCGCUCAGCAUGAUCGGUAUCAAGAAAGUCAACGGAGGAAAUUUGAACGUAUUUUUAGUUCCAUCAAUAUUGUUUAAAAUUUUCUCAUUCAGGAAUCUCGUCUUGUAAAAGGUGUAGCCUUCCAAAAGGCAUUCAGUUAUGCUGGUUUCGAAAUGCAGCCAAAGCAUUACACCGGUGUCAAGGUAUUCAUUUCUUUUUGAAAAUAGAGGGUCCAUUUUUAUAUAAAUUUGAAACGGCGAUUAAGAUUUUUUCCCUCUAGGUGGCGCUUCUCAACAUUGAGCUGGAACUGAAAGCGGAGAAAGACAACGCUGAGAUGCGUUUGAACACAGUUCAAGAUUUCCAAGCUGUGAGUUUCAUUGCAUCUCCGUUCUUAAUAUCUAGAACUUUGACAUUUCAUGCGUUUUUUUUGAAGGUUGUCGAUGCUGAGUGGAAUAUUCUCUAUGAAAAGCUCCAAAAGAUCGCUGACAGCGGAGCCAACGUUGUUUUGUCGAAGUUGCCGAUUGGAGAUGUCGCCACCCAAUGGUUCGCUGACAGGUUUGAUGGAAAACUUUAUUAGUGAAGUAUUUGAAAAAUUUCGAGGCGCAAGUUUAUUUUCCAUGUUACUGUUAUGUAGAAAUAAUAAGUACAGGACGACUUUUUUUGACAGUUUUUUUUAUUUCUCUUAAAUUUUGGAAUUCAACCGCCUAUUUUCGACAUAUGCGUAUUGUGAUGCGCCAACGGCAGCUUCAUUCAUUUUAUCGAAAAAAUCGUCAAUUCAAGCUGGAAGGAUUGCUUGUCUUUCAUUAGCAAGUUAGAAAUAGUUCAAAACGACGACCACUGUACUCCCUGUCUUUAAAUAAGAAAUUCCGAUUAGAAAAAAAUCUUUUUUAAUUUUCCCGUAAAGAGUACAUUCUCUUAGAACGUCAGAAACUUCUCGAUUGCAGAGACAUGUUCUGUGCUGGCCGAAUCCACCAAGACGACCUCGACCGUCUUUUGGCGGCCUGCGGAGGUUCCAUCCUGACCACCGUCUCUCAGAUCGACGACAACGUGCUCGGCAAGUGCGGAAAGUUCUACGAGCAACAAGUUGGAAGCGAACGGUUUGUCCUCUUCUCCUUCUGAUGAUGAAGAGAUAUCUUCAAUUGGUUCAAUAAGCUGUUUUCAGGUACAACUUCUUUGAAGAUUGCUCCAAAGCUCAAGCCUGCACUCUCUUGCUCAGAGGGGGCGCUGAGCAGUUUAUCGCGGAAACUGAACGGUGAUUUUGAGAAAUUUCUAGGAAUUCAGUUGACUAUAGGUGCGAUUUUAAAAAUUCAAUGGAAAAUAUAAUGAAAAACAAGACAAUCAGGGAAAGAGAAAGCCUAUUCUUCAUAAUCUUGUAUUUUUUAGCUCAUUUCUUCGGAACUUUCCCAUUGGAUGAAUUGAAAACUCGUUGAGAAAAAAUUUUCAUUGAGUUUUUAUAUGAAUUUUAUUUUUGUUUCAGAUCUCUGCACGACGCGAUUAUGAUCGUGCGACGCGCAAAAAAGAACGACUCCAUUGUCGCAGGAGGCGGAGCCAUCGAGAUGGAGCUCUCGAAAAUGCUCCGCGAAAAGGCGAAGUCCAUCGCUGGCAAGGAACAGUUCUUCUGGCUCGCCUAUGCUAGAAGCUUCGAAGUUGUACCUCUUUUUCAAGUCGCCAUAAAUUUGUGAUUCUAGAUUAUCCCCCAGCAGUUGUGUCAUAAUGCCGGCCUCGACGGAACGGACAUUCUCAACAAGUUGCGCCAUAGACAUGCUCAAGGUAAAUUUAAAUUCGAGAGAAAUCGGUUUUUUCAUAAAUGAUUCUUAGGCGAGAAAUGGUCCGGAAUCGACAUUCACCGCGAAGCAGUUGGCGACAAUCUCGCCGCCUGCGUCUGGGAGCCGAGCAUCGUCAAGAGGGUUUGUUUAUUUUUUAAAUCAGAGUCGUUUAUUAAUGAUUUUUUCUCAGUUUCUGUAAACUUUAAGAAUCAUCAAUAUUCUGCUUUUUUGACAACAAGAUGGACAAAAGAGACAAUCAUUUUGAGAACUUUUAUGUUUCUGUCCGCUUAUCUGCAUUAAAAUUCACACUAUUUUUUACGAAAUAUAGAAUCGUUGCUCAAUUUCGAACGAUGUAAUUGAACUGCUGUUCAUGCAUCAGAGCUUCCAUGAAUUAGGAAUUUUUGGAGUAGUUGGAAGUUUCUUGUUGAUGUCGUGUUCAAAGUAUUUCCGCCAAAUUUAAACUAACCGCCAAACAGUAGAACAUGUAACUGGAUCUCGGAGAGUCGGUGGGAAUUCUGAAUUUCGCGAAAAUUACUUUUUGAGCACUGCAUGAGUUUCUCUGCAUAGGCACAGAAAAUUUUGAAAAAUUCGGGCAUUCUCUCCUGAAAAAAUCUCUAGAGCAUGUUUCCUUAUGGCGUUAUAUCAAAUGCGACUCCUGUCAGCACAAAAGCAUAGAAUUUGGAAUUUUUUACCUUCCUGACAGAACAGUCAUUGUUUUAACAUGGUUUCGAGGAUUUCAAACUUUUUGCAUUCUGAUGUCCCUAGAGCUACCAAAAAAUUAAAAAAGUCACUUUAUUUCCACAGUUCGACCUUCUCUCUGGGAAACUGAAUGUUUCAGAACGCGAUAACGGCGGCGACGGAGGCGCUGUGCUUGGUGCUGUCCAUCGACCAGACUGUGAAGAACGUCCGGACGCCUUCUGGCGGCCAGAUGCCAGGACUUCCAGGCCAAUAA